ACCGAACUUCAAAAAAUAAAACAGUUGAGUUUCAGUCAAAGCCAGAAGCAGCAUCUGGUCUCUUUCCCAGCAUCAAGAAGGUGUGUGCAACAAUGCUGAAGAUAUUUCCAAUUCUGGCCAUCCUUGCAGGCCACACCAGCGGGGUCGUGGUGACCAUCCCUGAGAAGACAGUGAACGUCAUGACAGGUGGAAAUGCAACCCUCCUCUGCACAUACACCAGUUCUGGACCGAUGGAAAAUUUCUUUAUCCAGUGGAGUUUUUACAGUGCCAAAGAGAGCCAGCUGCAUACCCAUUCCCCAUGUCAUGGUAUUCUGAGUAUGGAUGAAAAGUCAGUCAGUCUUUGUCAAAAGACGGUGUAUGUGACAGAUGCACGGGGAAGAUGUAGCUGGAGAUACAAGAUCUAUUAUUAUUCAGGAGGCCAGUCUUACUCCUAUGGGGCAUUUAAGAACAGGAUAACAGCUUCAACAAGUCCAGGGAAUGCAUCAAUAACAAUCUCCAACAUGCAGCCCUCAGACACUGGCUCCUACACCUGUGAAGUUUUCAGCCCUCAGGGUGAUGCUGGACAGAGUCAAAAAUCAGUGAUUGUCAGUGUGCUGGUAAAACCAUCAAAACCUUUCUGCAAAGUAGAAGGAACACCUGAAAAAGGCCAUCUAAUCUACCUCCUAUGCAACUGUGAAGAGGGAUUGCCUCGCCCCAACUACCGCUGGUACAAAGUCAAUGAGAACACCCUCAAGCCUGUGACAGAACAAUUUAAUCCAAACUCUGGCAUCCUUUACAUUGGGAACCUCACCACUUUUGAAACUGGCUACUAUCGGUGCAUAGCAAGCAACCUCCUGGGGAACAGCACCUGUGAGCUUGACCUAACGGCAAAAUAUUCAGAUGGUGGUGUUGUUGCUGGAGCACUGAUUGGAGCAAUUCUGGCAGCUGCUAUAAUUUGCAUUAUCGUCUGGGUCUUAACCAAGAAGGCAAAAAAUAAGAAGUCACUAAAUAAUGAGAUGCAAGAAAUGGUUCAGAAACAAUCCAAUGCAGACUAUGUUCAGGUAUCCAAUGAAGAAAACAUUCCUGCAACCACAGUUCCAUCGAGCAAUGCAACAAAUGAAUACCCAAGUGUUGAUGAAACAGCAGCUCCUGCAACUCCUGAAAAUUAUGAAAAGCAAGAAGCAGGAAAAGAAGAAACAGAGUAGAGUUUAUAAUAGAAUUUUCUUUAUCACCUUUGGAUCAUUUUAUACAAAGAUUGCUGUAAUUGAAUUAACAUAGAAGCAUGACUAAAACUUCUAUUCAAGGCAUUUGUAUUGUGAGCCACUGGGGUGGAUCAAAGAGUCUGUGACACAGGCACUUUGUGAAUAGCAGAUUUGGCCUUUAAAGUGAACCAAAUUGAUUUUAUUAUCUCAUUAUACUGUACAAAAAUUUAAGUAUAAAAAGAGUAACAUCUACAUUUAUCCAACCUAUUUUGCGAAACCAAUUAGGAAAUGGGCUGAAGCAUUUGUCAAAGUGUGAGCUUUCCAGUCUACCUACUACCUUCUUUCCAGUCUACAUUACUACCAGUAACACUGUGUGUCCACACAGUUCAGAACCACAGCAGCCUCCUCCAGAAACAGUGUUAGCCAACCUGCUUCAUGUGCACCGAGAACAAUAAUCAUGGCCAGUACAUUGCAGUGUUUCAAGGAAGUGAUUUUGCACCUCAGAAGUAAAAAGAAGUUACAUUAAUGUCAUUGGGAUGCUGAAUGUUAAGACCUGAGUCAAGAAAAUCUUGUGCAUCUGAAUUCCACUUAAGGUAAAAAAAAACAAAAACUAACAAACAAAAAUCCUGGAAAAUGUUAUCCCUUUGCUGCCUGACAUUGAAAACAUUCUGUUAACAGUGACUUUCUUGGUCUAAAGUUCCCAAGAGCUCCAGCAUUCCAGAGUUGUCUGUUUCAGCAACUCUGGUUUUCUGUUUAAUGGAACUGGUAUUUGGGAACCCAGUUCAGACACAAAUGAAUGUUCUACAUAAUAGAAGCUGGAGACCUAAAUUCUUUGCAAGACUUGUUCCAAUAAGCAUGCACAGCAUCACAUUCCUCAUGACACACAGAUAUAGCUGCUUUCAAAACUUAGGAGUGAUACUGCCUUCUAUACAGCACAUGAGUUUUGAUAGCAGCCUGAGAUGAUUUAAAUCUCUUUCCAUGCUAGUCCUACCCACUAAGUAACAAACUCAUGCUACUUUUCUUCUAGUCUCUUAUCCCAGUGUAACAAUCUAUCUUUUAGAGUAGAAAGCAUCAAGAAAGAAGAUUAGUGGUGCAAAGAACACCAGCAGCCAGCAAUUGGGUAAUGAGCACCCUCUUACAAGAAAAGGAAUUGAACCAUACACACCUGGGUCACUAGAAAACCCUUCUCCCUGGGCUUUAUUUCUAAGGUUACACAAACUCAGUUUUUCAAAAAGGCAAAGAUAGUACUUUCACAAAAGCUCAAGGACCAUGGGGCUUAAGCAAAUACAGACCCACAGCCCUGCUGACACAGGCAGACACUGGUUUCAGUCUCAGGCACUGCAGGAAAACAUAUCUGGCUCAGGGAUCUGGAGGAUUUGGCACUUAAGUCUUUCAUAGGAUCUAAUAUUCAUAAAUCCUUUGGUGACUGUUC